AUAUCAUAAAAAAUUAAUUAAGAAUUAGUUUUAAUCUUUUUCAAGAGGUCUUCAGUUAUCUCAGAUGUUUAAGCGGGUCAUAUGAAAUUUUUAUUAUACUUUUAAAGUACACGGUAAUAAUAAUGAUAAUAAAAAAAAACGAAAAGAAUCAAUGUAUAAUAUAGUGUUGUAAUAGCUCUCUCACCUACACGACUAAAAUAGUAAGUUGUCUUUUUAAAUUUAGUGAGAGGGACUAGAGAUUGAAUCAACUUUUACCGUCACUAAAGGUUACUAACCCAAUUAAAAUACUCAGUUCUCCGUUGAGCGGUGUGCGCGACUGAUCAUUAUCAGCAACUCAGCUAGUCUGACAGUUAUAAAUAAAAAAAAAAAAAAAACCUUAAACUUGAUCAAUUAAUACUCUAUAAAUAAAUAAAUAAAUAAAAAUGGCAAGUCUUGAUUCAGAUCUCGAGGAAUUAAUGUCUCACAUAGGACAAUUUGGAAAGUAUCAGAAAUUUCAAUUUUGCUUACACGCUGUAUCUGGACUAUUAGCGGGACUUCAUAUGCUGACAUUGAUAACGGUUGCUGCAGUACCUGAUCACAAGUGUAUCGUACCUGGCCUUACUGACAGCCUCGGUUUAUCAGAUAAAUCACAGCUGAGUUGGGACAAUGUACCAGGUGUCAAUUUAACUUAUUCCAACGGGACAAAAUUAAGUAACCUUCCGCUAAAUUUAGAUUCAUGCAAUUAUCUAAUCAACGAUACAAUAAAAGCAUGCGAUGAGUGGAUUUACGAUACAUCGAAUUACAAAUCAUCCCGAGGAAUGGAGUGGAAUUUAGUUUGCUCAAACAAAUGGAAAGGCGCAGUGGCACAAUCAACUUAUAUGUUAGGAGUAUUUACCGGAGCCGUAACUUUAGGAAGUUUGGCUGAUAAAUACGGCCGAAAAAUAAUAUUCUGCAUUUCAGGAAUUGGACAGCUUAUAUUUGGAGUAUUAGUUGCAUUUAUUCCGGAGUAUUAUACAUUUUUACUGAUCAGAUUUCUGUACGGUAUUUUCGGAUCUUCGGGGGCUUAUAUCACCGGAUUCGUGCUGACGAUGGAAAUGGUAGGACCAUCAAAGCGUACAUUUUGCGGGACCAUGUUUCAACUGCUAUUUUCCCUUGGAUUUGUUGUUGUUGCUUUUUGGGGCUACGUUAUCAAAGACAGAAUGUGGCUGCAAAUAGUCUACGGUCUUCACAGUUUAAUAUUAAUUGGACACUGGUGGCUGAUGGACGAAUCGCCGAGGUGGCUGUGGACUCAAGGUCGUCCUAACGAGGCUGUUAAAAUAGUCCAGAAGGCUAUCAAAUUCAAUGGAGAUAACACUAAAUUGGAUGUUGCUAAAUUUGUUUCGAAAAAUCUUGCUAAACGCAAUUCUCGGAUUAAUCAGGAGGACAAUAAUAAUGUUGAUGGUAAUAAUAAAAAAUCCAGCAGUGGUAUGAUUGAUUUACUAAGAACGCCAAAUUUGAGGAAAAAGUUCUUAAAUGUGUGUCUUAAUUGGUUUGCAAAUGCAAUUGUUUAUUACGGACUUUCGUUGAGCAGCGGAAAUCUUGAAGGCAAUCCUUACUUAAUGUUAGCUUUGAGCGGUGUUGUUGAAUUACCGAGUUACAUAUUUACAGUGUUAGUUAUGGACAGACUGGGAAGAAGAUUUUUAGUGAGUGUUUUUAUGAUUGUUGGUGGAAUUUGCUGUGUUGUCGCGGCUUCUAUACCUAAAAACUUGUCCGGUGGCAGUGAAGCUGUUAUUGGUAUUGUGUUGUUUGGUAAAGCAUGUAUUGCGAUAUCAUUUGCUGUAAUUUAUAAUUACACUGCCGAAUUAUUCCCAACUGUGCUAAGAAAUACAGCCAUUGGAGUUGGAUCUAUGUGCUGUCGUCUGAGUGGCGCUUUGACACCGAUGCUCUUGUUGCUGGACACACUUGAUCCGCGAGUUCCAGCUACAUUGUUCGGUGGAGUUGCUUUGAUUGCUGGAUUUUUCGGGUUGUUUCUUCCAGAAACCGCUGGACAUCCAAUGCCAGAAACUCUUGAGGAUGGAGAAAAAUUCGGUGUUGGUGAUACUUGCUUUACUACUUGCCUUGGAAAACGAUAUUCUGAUGGAGAUAUUUCACUUGAUGGUAUUGGGGAUGAUAAUAAUCGGCAGGGGGACACUUUUAUUGAAUGUGAUGUGAAAAAUAAAGAUUACUGAUAACAUUAGUGAAAUAUUUUUUCAUGUAUUAGUUAUUGUAAAAAUUUUUUUGGAUACUUUAAUUUUUGACAAUAGGUCAUACAUUUUUUUUUU